AGAGAAAUUCACCUGGAUAUGAUGCGAAAAAUAAGAAAAUGGGUAUAUUUACAACAUGGCAACUCAUCCCGGCGAGAGGCAAGUCCCACGAGGAUGAGGCAGUGAUGUUCGAACUGUGAAAGGGAGAGGGUGUCAGUGUCCGUCCGGGAAUGGUGAUGUGAUCUGAGUGCCUUCACAAUACAGUGCCUGGUGAUAGUGGUGUGUUGUUGUGAUUACAUGAGCCACUGUGGUGUGUAGUGAGUGGGAAUAGUGAACGCUGUGGAUGUACUAGUGCUUAACGACACAAUCACCAUUAUCUUCUUUGCUAUGAACAUGAGAGGCUGCGGGCGUCCGUGAUGGUGGGCGUGCCUGGCGGAGCAGCUGGUGGAGGCGUGGGUGUGGGAGUGGGUGUGGGCGGGGAGGGUGUGGGCGGGGGCGAGGGGGAGGCGCUAAGGAGGGCGGCGGCGGAGGGAAACACUGGGAAGCUUCUGGCGCUGCUGGAAGAAGGAGCGUCAGUAAACAAAAGUGAUGAGUGCGGAAGAACACCCCUGCACUGGGCUUGCUCGCGCCGCCAAGCCAACGCGGUCGCCAGCCUUCUGCUCAACGGUGCCAAGGUCAACUCAGCGGACAGUUGCGGGUACACGGCGCUGCAGCGAGCCUCCUGCGAGGGACACAUAGACAUCGUGCGGCAACUCAUCAAGCACAGCGCCAAUGUUGACCACCAGGAUGACCAGCACGGGAACACGGCGCUGCACGAGGCCGCCUGGAAGGGGUACAGUCAGACAGCAGAGGCCCUGGUGCGAGCCAAGGCCAAUGUGUACAUCAAGAAUAAAGGAGGAUUUGCCCCUCUUCACCUCGCCUGCCAGAACGGACACAACCAGACCUGCCGCAUCCUUCUGUUAGCCGGAUGUAAGCCUGACAUCAAGAAUAAUUAUGGAGACACGCCGCUACACACCGCGGCGCGCUACGGUCACGCUGGAGUAACGCGUAUCCUCCUCUCCGCCCGAAGCCACGUCGCCGAGAUGAACAAGAAUGGAGACACAGCCCUGCACAUCGCAGCAGCCAUGGGGAGAAGGAAGCUAACCAAGAUAUUGCUGGAGUCUGGUGCUAGCCAGACCAUCAAGAACAAGCAAAAUGAGACACCAGGAGACAUAGCAAAACGGAAAGAGUUCAACCAAAUCUUGGAGAUCCUGAAGAAUCCUCCGCCGGUGGUUUCUCCAGAAGAGCGGCUGAGAAGGGAGCAGGAGCAGAAGAAGAAGGAGGAGAAAGAGAAAAAGGGAGCAUCAGGGGCUAGCAAAGACAGAGGAAAGGGGGACAAGAAGAGGGGCAAGACCAAUGAUAGUGGCACCUCCAGCAAAGACAGCAGCACUCGGGCAAAGGAGAAGAAAAAACACAAGACAGAGCACAAGGAGAAGAAGAGAGGCAAGCAAGUGCAGUGGUCACCAUAUGGCUGUCAGUACUACCCACCAAUGUCGCAUCAAGACCUAGCCAUUCCCAACAUUGACUCUCUCCCCAAUGAUCCUCUAGGCAAGGGUGAGCAGUACUUCAUUGACCUCGCAGGGAACAUCAAGAAGGGGCCAGUGGGGGUGGGUUAUACCUGCUACUGUGCGCCUUUCUUCAAGAAUGUGGAGGACAAGCUGGAGAAGGACAAGGUGGCUCUGAUGGACCAUAUUGAUGCUGCUCAUGACAAACUGGAUGCCAAGAUCACCAACCUGGAACACCGCACAAAGUCACACAUUCAGCACCUCAGUGAUAAUGUGAAGCAGAAGCUGGCGGAUGAGAAGGAGGAGUGUCGGCAGCGUGUUGAGAGAACCAAGGCAGCCAGGGAGACGCAAGCUGAGUCUCGAAUAGCACAGCUGCAGCAGUGGGUGGAGCGGCGUCUGGGUAACAGAAGCUCCAAUCCUCAAGUUCUUCCCAGGUCCCUCCUACUCAGGGGCUCAAUGAGAAGACCUAAAGAACCUCCACCUGGCCAUUACCCUCUAUCAAGGUCUAGAUCAGAGGAGGCAAUCUCAGAAUAUCGUGAGGAGGGUGAGAGUGACCGAGAUUCAGUAUACAAGGGAUUGCGAGUACUAGAUCACCCCACAUCCAUGUACAACAUUCCCCAAAAGGUGCAUGAUGAACAUGACGCUUUCAUCUACGACUCUCCCAAAGCCAUCCCCUCACUGGUGCCCGGUGCCCUCCGCUGCCCCUCACCCACUGACCACCCCUCCAGGAGUCAGUCUGCUGAUAGCCGAGGACAUGGACCUGCAAAAAGAACAUUAGAAAGACGCAGUCAUUCUCUUGACGCCAGAAAUAUCCUUGAAAGUUCUGAAGAUUUGCAUAAUGGAAAGACAAAGAGAAGUGUUGAAUCACCUGUCUCUCCACCAGCGAGGGAUGUCCUUAAUGAGUCUGCCAGCAGUGAUUUAUCUGGUGGACUGCGGGGGAGUAGAAGCAGCAGAGGCCUCAGUGGCUCCUCCAUGCACGGGUCUCCAGUUAUACGUAGAAUGGGGCGAUAUUCACCUGCUAAUCCUUCACCACUCCUCAGACAUCCUGAUCUAUCAACACCAACAGAGGCCUCAGCUCCGCCUGCCACUAGACCUUCACCUCUCCACCACACAGACCUCAACCAGGCUGUGGACAACCUAAGAGUAUCACAGUCACAUGCUGAAAAUGGCGCCAUACCAAAGACAACUGUGCGAUCUGAGGAGACUCACUGCACCAGAAACAAUGAGAUGAGCCAAGCACAACAGCCUCAGGGCUGGAGUGGUUACAGCCGCUACGAUUACCGCAACAACAAUCCCUACAUGCAUGGUGACCUGCGGGGCCAUGCUCCACACACUCACCAACCCCAGGUUGCCAGUGCCCUCACAGAUCCCACCCCAUCCAAGCAUGGGAGUGAUGUCUACAUGCAGUACCCAAAAUACCCACCACCUCCUGAAGAAGCACAGACAGCUGAACCUUACCAGCCUCAGCCUCAUGAAACCUACCAUGCCCAAAAUGCUGAAGCAUAUUAUUCACAAAAUGUGGAGGUCUUUCAGGGGCAUGGCGCUGAGGCUUAUCACACACAGACCACAGAAGAGUACCACAACCAGAGUGUAGAGACCUACCAUGCACAGAUGGCUCAGGCACAGGAGGACUUUGAUGCUGCUACUUAUUUGGAUAUGGACAGGUACAGGAUCCAGCAGGCAGUUAAACGGCUAUAUGACGGGUACCUGGCCGAGGGGCGGCUAGAGGCAGUGCGGGGUGGUGGUGGAAGGAAUCCCCAUGAGUCAUCCAUUGAACAUGACUCCCACAAUGACUCUGGCUACUCCACCAGGCUCUGCACAGGUUCACAGGGACCCUCACCUGCACUUUCAGGUGGCCAUGAGCACCUCACAGAAAAUGACAUGCGGCAGCACAUGGGAGGAGCCACACCGGAUGCUGUUCGUUGCAAACCCUUUGUGGAUGCUUCAAAGCAGGACCUCAACCGGGGGAGUGUUGGGGACCAAGGAAAGGCACCAGUAGAGGAAGGCUACCCAGUUCCUCCUCUUCUCCGAUACAAUGGCUUGCCAGCUGGAGCAGGCAAACCUAUACCUGGAGCAGCUCCCAAGUUUUCUACACCAAACCUGAGUGAUGACACCAUCAUCAUUGGGGAGUCAUCACUGGUGUAAGGGACACUGGCUGCAGGAUGAUGUGUGUCCUGCAUGAAGAACUAAGAAGGUUGCUCAUCAUUGGUAUUUUACCGUAUCCUAAGUGAGAUAUGAUAGAUAUAGUGUAUGGCCUUCCAUUAAGCAACCUAGAAAUGCAGGCUGGCCUUAUUUUUUAAAUUUACAUUCUAUUUUUAUAUCCUUCACAAUAAUGUGCCUUCUGAAAGAUUUAGUUUGUUUAAUUGUGAAAUGAAAUACAGUUUUUUAAUAUAAAUAUAAGAACAAGACAUUGAGGAAUGACUAUUUGUGUAUUAGAUGGCUCAAGGUAGCAAAGUACUUGUGUAGAGCACCAAAAGGGAUACAGCUGUUUGUGUACCAAAGGUCAGAGAGACAGUGAGGGAAGUUCAGGCCAGAACUAAAAGAGGAGCUGCUGCUUGCAGUGGCUGUCACCUCAGCUGCUGCUCUGUGAACUGUACAGUGUAAAUGAAAGUGACUUGUGUAUACCUCUUCCAUAUUGUAAGUACAUAUAUGUAAUUGUUUAUCUGUAUAAUUCUAAUCAGGAGUUUGAAUUAUUUUCAGUGUAAGAAAAUUAUGUAUAUUUAUGUAGAAUUUGAAAUCCUCACACAAGGGAUGUUUGUAAAGCAUACAAUGGCAUGUACAAAUGUAUAAUCACCACAAAUACUCAUUUUAGUCCAAGGAGCUCCUGACCAUGCAUGGAAUGUAUAUGUAAUGUAUAUCUUUACUUCUGUUUGUUUUUAAUUUACAAGUAUUCUGUGGAAACUUGGGCAGAUCACAAAAUAAUUGUAUUUAUAUUUUUAAAAAUUAUUAAAUUAGUUGUUUGUAAGAUCAAGAUUCUCUAAUAUCUGUAUGGUAUUUUCUGCUAGUAAAUUAAAUAUUGAUGGCAAAAUAAGCUGCCCAAAUUUUCACCUCAUCCUUUCCUCAUAAAAUGUUCACAUCUUGC